UCCGGCCGGGGAGAAGUCGCGCCGUCCAGGAUCUCUGUGGGUUAAUUCUCCCCCUCCCCGGACGCGCGUGUUUCGGAGUGUGACGGCUUCUUUGGCUCGGGGAGUCGGGAUUUGGGUUGGAGGAGCAGACACAGCUCGCCCCCAGCCCAGCUCCCCGUCCUCGACCGCACCCCGCCAUCACCCGAGGACAGACGCGCCCCUCCCCUGCGUGCGACCGGUCCCGCGUGGCGAUCCGCCUGCCCAGGAAGCAGAGAGAUCAUCGUCGCAGGCAGAGGUGACGUCCCUGGACCACACUCCGGAUAUGGCAGGGAACGGAUCGGGCUCGUGGGAAACUGAGCCCCCCAAGGGGUCCCCGGCGCCGGAGAGGGGCGGGCCGCCGCCUUCCUACCUGGGGGACUUCGUGGGGUCGGAGGGUCUCUGGACGUCCCCGGUCCCCGCCGUGGUUUCCUAUCUCCUGCUGCUCGUCUGCCUGGUCGGGCUGCUGGGCAACGGACUGGCCCUCUACCUGUUCGGCUUCCGCGUCAAGAGGAACCCGUUCACCGUCUACGUGCUCCACCUGGCCGCCGCCGACCUGGCCGUGCUCCUCUCCCAAGCCGUGCGCGCCGUCGAAGACGUGGGCUGGCCGGAGGGCCCCUUGGCGGCCUACCUGCGCUCCGUGACCACCACCGUGGGGGUCUUGGCCUUCCUGGCCGGGGUGAGCCUCCUGGCGGCCCUGAGCGCCGAGCGUUGCGCUUCGGUGGUCUUCCCGCGCUGGCACCGGGGCCGGCGGCCUCCGCACCUGGCGGCCACCACGUGCGCCCUGCUCUGGGCUCUGUCCUUCGUGUUGACGGCCGCUCACACCUACCUCUGCGCCUUCCUCCCCCAGGCCGGCGGCCAGCGGGCUCCCUGCGGCCGCGUGAAGGUGGCCCUAGGGGUCGUGACCUUUCUGAUCUUCACCCCCGUCAUGGUCCUGUCCAGCCUGGGCCUGAUCGUGCGGGGCCAGUGCCUGGAGCGGAGGCCGCGGGGCGAGAGGCUCAGCCACGUGGUCCUGUUGGCCGUCUCCGCCUUCCUCUUCUGCUCGCUCUUCAUGAGCGUCAACUGGUUUCUGUCCUGGGUCUUCGCCAUCCCGGCGCCCUACCCGGGCUACGUGGUCGAGCUGUUCGCCUGCGGCCACUGCGGCGCCAAACCGGUGCUCUACUUUCUGGCCGGCAGGGACCGGCCUAAGGGAUUUUGGGAACCGCUGAGCCUCGUCCUUCAGAGGGCUCUAGGGGACGAGGCCCAGGCCGGCCCGGGGGACGGCUUGACCCCCAACACCGUCGCCUUGGAGAUGCAGUCGGAGACGCAGCUGGGUAAGGGCGGGGACCCCGCCUGAGAGGGUGGG